AUGUAUAUUUUCUGAUAAAUUGUAAAAAAAAAUGAAAAAGUUUGUAAUUCCAUUACAAUUGCUAUUGUAUACUUUUAUGUCAACGGAAAUAUAGUUCAUGAAAGUUUUCGAUCAUUCAUUAAAUAUCGCGUUUGACUUGCGUAGUUUUUUCAGGAAGGUGGAACACGCAUUCGUGCAUAUGACAUGGCGCAGGUUAUCGCAGUUUUAUCCACAAUUCCAAAGUUAUCACAUCAUCUUCGUGCACACCUUCCAAAUUUAAUUAUCUACGAUGUUUUGUCAGAAAAAGACAAUGCGUUAUCGAAACUCAACAAGGCAGAAAUAAUGGUGGCUGAUUGUGAUUUAUUAAUACCAUAUUUGGGAAAAUUACCAAAACUGCAGUGGGUACAAUCAACGUGGGCAGGAUUGGAUAAUUUAAAUCCAUUUAUUCAAGAUAAACAAUUUAAUUUUAUUCUUUCACGUUUUUCUGAUAAAAGUUUUGGUUUGGCAAUGUCGGAAUAUGUAAUAACACAAAUUGUUAACUUUGAGCGAGAUCAGAAACAGCAGUAUGAAAAUCAAAAAAAUUCAGACUGGAAAACAGAUGGUAAAAUAAAAAAUCAUAGAUUAAUUCGUGACUUAAAUAUAGGCAUUUUAGGAUUGGGAAAUAUUGGAAAAUUCAUUGCACAACACUUAAAAAUGUUUGGUGCUACAAUUUGGGGAAUGACACGCACUCCUUUAAAAGAACACUUGGACUACAUAGAUGAACAUAGAACGACAGAUCUAUUAUCAGAUAUAUUAACAAACUGUGAUUAUAUUAUUAAUGUAUUACCUUCUACUAAAAAUACUAUUGGACUUUUAAAUGGCACAAUUCUAAAACAUUGUAAAGAUCAUAAUGUUGUAUUUAUUAAUAUUGGACGUGGAACAAUUAUUAAAGAAUCAGAUCUUUUAAAUGCUUUGGAGCACAAAUGGAUAAGUGCUGCAAUUUUAGAUGUUUUUCAAGAAGAACCAUUACCAAAAAACAGUAAAUUAUGGAAUUUAUCAAAUGUAAUUAUUUCACCACAUAUCUCUGGGGUGACGCGUCCACAAGAUGUUGCUAAUCAAUUUGCAGAAAACUAUAUAAAAUAUAAAAAUGGUGAAUCUAUACCAAACAGUUUUAAUUAUCAAACAGGUUAUUAAUUAUUUUCCAUUAAUUGUCGUGCGCAUUUGUAAUAAGAAAGACUCAUAUUAUGGAUUUGUAAUCUACAAAUAUAUUAUAUAUACUCAAGAAAAUAAAUCAAAUAUUAUAC